AUGGCAUCUCAGGUUCUGGUAUUCGGCACUGGCAGUGUUGGAAGUGUCUAUGCUUAUUUGCUUUGCAAAGCUCUUGGCGAUUCAAAUAUCACCACUGUUUGCCGCUCAAACUACGAUGCGGCAUCCGAGAACGGCCUCACAAUCAACAGCACUCUCUUCGGCGAAGGAGUGAAUUGCAGACCGCGUGUGAUCAGGUCAGUGGCUGAGUCUGUGGACAAAGCGCUAGGCCCUUACGACUACAUCAUAGUCACUGCGAAAGCCUUGCCAACGACACCUCCCAUACCGUCACAGCUAAAACCCGCCAUAUCGUCAACGACCUCUAUCGUCCUGAUUCAAAACGGAGUCGGCAUUGAGGAGAUCUACCGCAGCGCGUUCCCUGACAAUCCCAUUCUUUCCUGCGUUACAUAUUUGCCCGUAACGCAAACCUCUCCAGCAGUCUUUCAACACCGAGAGGUCGAAAAGCUACACGUCGGAACCUUUCCCGCAAAUGCUCCUCCUCAUCACAAGGCUGCCGCCGAAGCAUUUGUAUCGCUCAUCACCAACGGAGGCGCUACUGCCACCCAUCAUGGUGACAUCGGGCACGAGCGGUGGUCGAAGCUAUUGGUGAACGCUUCUUGGAACCCUGUAUGCGCCAUUUCCCGCUCACGAGACGCUCAGUUCAUGGCAGCCUCAUCUCAUGCGGCUGAGUAUGUCAGAGCCGUCAUGAUGGAGAUCGUCAGCAUCGCUCAGUCAGCUGGAUAUUCCAAGAUAACAAGCGAAACCGUAGAUUGGCAGAUGGGACGUGCAAAGGCUAGGCCGCUGCCAGGAAUAGAGCCUAGCAUGUUGGCAGAUGCAUUGGCUGGACGGCAAAUGGAGGCAGACGCUAUCGUGGGCAACGCGAUCAGGAUAGCGGAUGCUAAUGGUAUCCAGGCCCCUUUGCUAAAGGCUAACUACGUCUUGCUGCAAGCUUUGAACGAGAGCUUCAGACGCACCCAAGAUGCGCAACGACAAGGGUCAUGA